AUUAUGUUAAACCCUACAAGACUACAACCUACUAAAAGACCUAAUUUCCAAUUGCCUUGCCUUCCCUCUAAAACCCUGAACCCUAAUUAGCGCCCCAACAAUUCACACUCAUAAUCUCUCUACCCUAAAAUGAGACCUCCAAGGGGUGGCGGUAGCUUUAGGGGUCGUGGUGGUGGCGGCCGUGGUGACCGUGGUGGUGGCGGCCGUGGUGACCGUGGUGGUCGAGGUGGCCGUGGAGGUUUUGGCGGUCGUGGUGGCGGCGGGUUUCGCGAUGAAGGUCCACCUGAUGAAGUCGUCGAGAUUUCGACGUUUCUUCAUGCGUGUGAAGGAGAAGCAGUAACUAAACUGACGAAUGAGAAAAUACCAUACUUUAAUGCACCCAUUUACUUGCAGAACAAAACCCAGAUUGGCAAAGUUGAGGAAAUUUUUGGUCCUAUUAAUGAAUCUUAUUUUUCUGUUAAAAUGAUGGAAGGAAUUGUUGCUAAUUCAUAUUCUCCUGGGGAUAAAUUCUACAUUGACCCAGCCAAGCUUUUGCCUUUGGCCAGAUUUCUUCCUCAGCCCAAGGGACAAGGACAAGCUGCAAGAGGAGGAGGUCGUGGUGGCUUUGGAGGAAGGGGUGGUGGUGGUGGUAGGGGUAGAGGUGGAUUUAGAGGAAGGGGUGGUCCAAGUCGUGGAAGAGGUGGUCCUCCAAGAGGCCGUGGUGGUUUUAGGGGCAGAGGAGGAAGGUUUUAGGCUAUUGCUAUUGUAAAGCCCCAGGAUAUCCUUCACGCCGUUACACUUGGUAAAAGCUCGUAGAAGCACUGAAUGCUCAAAUGUAAUACCAAGUAGAAUUUUGGUUUAGCGGGUUUCUUGGUUUUCUAAGUCCGAUUAGGUGAUUAAAUUUUCGGCUUUUUAGUUAGAAUCUUGGCAUGUAAGAUUGUGUGUUUAUGAUGGAGCAGGUAAAUUCUAUCAUUGGAAGGAAGAUACUGAUUGGGGCAAAGAGAGCAAAGAAAAUCUUAUUAGUUACUUAUUAGCAUCAUUUGGCUUAAUGAGUCGGGAUUAAACAAUCUUGAUUAUUGAAUUUGAAUUUCAAGUGAUC